UUGCUUUAUUAAUUUGCUGAUUUGUUAAUUUGGAUCAAAUAUUUAAAUUGUUUUUGAGAUCAAAUAUUGAAAAUUUUGUCAAAAGAUUAUUUGGAGCACUAGAUUUGUUGCUAUUCACAGAAAUUUCACUAACUAAAAAGAAAAACUAUAGAUUUGAAAAAAACUACUAAAAAGUAAAAACUAAUAAACUAAACUUACUAAAGCUAGUUAUUUUUGCCUACUCCUCCUAAGUCCCAACUAACUUAAAUAUGGCAAAAUCUUUGGAGGAUGUUUUAUUGAACAUAACCCAUGUAAAGAAUAAAAAAUGUGACGGUACCCUCUACUUGCUAACUGAGCGACUGGCCUGGAUGCCAUCCGGAAAAGAUUCAUUCACUAUCAGCUACAAUUAUUCUGAUAUUAAAGUUCAGAAAAUUUCCCCAGAUAAAAAAGAAAAAAUUCAACUUCAAAUAGUUCUUCACUCUAGUGGGGCUAGCACAUUUCAUUUUAAUAACCCGGGUGGCCGAUCUGCUCAAUUAAAAGAUCGUGAAUCUGUCAAGGAUCUACUCCAGCAAAUGCUCGUUAAGUUUAAAAGGAAAAUUAAUGGCGAUUUAGAAGAGAAACAUAAAAUGUUGCAAGAGGACCCCGAGUUGUUUCAAAUGUAUAAAAAUUUAGUCGUCGGCAACGUUCUCACACCGGAAGAAUUCUGGUCUGAUAGACUGAAGAGUAAUAAGCUGAUAGACUCAUCAGCACAAAACAUUGGUGUUUCAGCUGGCUUUUUGGCAGAUAUCCAGGGCACGGCAGAGGGGUGCAAUGGCAUCAGGUACAACUUAACCCCAGACGUGAUUGACAACAUAUUUAAGACUUACCCAGCCGUUGAACAGAAGCACUUGGAGUAUGUACCCGAUAAGUUGACAGAGCAGGAAUUCUGGUAUGAGUUCUUUCAAUCGCACUAUUUUCACAGAGAUCGCAUUAAUAUCAGUGACAAAGAGUUGUUUGCUGACUGUGCCAAGAACGAUGAGAAGAUUUUGAGAUCAGAAAUUGAGACAGAAAAAUCAGGGAAUAGAAUGGAUCUACAGUCAUUAAUUGAGACAUCGUCAGAUGAGUACUAUGGAGAGGAUUAUUUCCCUGAAAAGGAGCCAGGCUCAAUAUCAUCGGCAAACAUUUCACUAAUCCGACGAUUCAAUCAACACUCGACUUUGGUGUUGAAAUCGAUCGAUACUCCCCAGAAUAGUAGUAAUAAUAAUAAUAAAAGUAGUGAUGUGCUGGGUGUGGCUGUCGAGAAGAAAGUAACGAGAGAUAUUAAUAAUGUAGAUGGUGUUGUUGAGAGGAGUAAUGGCAAAAAGAACGGUACAAAGAGAGCAUCGCCCUCCUCGUCAUCAUCGGUGGCGUCAGAGUUAGAACUUUUAACCGGCAACAUCGACGAUGACGUCAUCGGCAGCCGUGACGUCAACGUGACGUCGAUGACUAGUUUAAAUCUAACAAGAGUUGACGCCUACAUGCAUGGACCCGUGCCAGAGAUGGCGCUAACCUACAACACCAGCGACGAGCUACUAGCUGCCGCUCAGGCUUUCCAUAAUGACGUCAUUUCGUGGAAGUGUAAUGCUGCACAUCAGAUCCUGCCUAGUAAUGCGGGCCUGAAUGUCCUCAGUGAACUGGCCCCAACUGGAGUACUUAUGCAAGAUUCUCUCGGCCAACAGAUUGAUGGUAUAGUACCUAAUGAUUCAAAACACGAAUUGAAGAGUAUGUAUAUGGCUCUUUCUGAGUUGCUAAGGCAUUUCUGGUCCUGCUUUCCCGUGACAUCUCGAGAACUAGAUGAGAAAGCUGCUAGGAUGGAUGAAUGCUUGAGAAAGUUUCAGCAGACCAAGUUGGCACCUUUUUCUGAGAAACUACAAACACAUCAGCCAGAUAUCGAUCUAACAAGCCACAUGAAUACGAUGAUCGAAAAAGCCCACACAAGAUUUUCAACAUGGCAGGCAAAAAAGUUAUCCAGAAAGCCGAAUAUUUGAAAAUUUCUUUUAAAAUAAAAUUAUUACUAUUAUUACCAUUUUCGUUGAAUUGUAAUAUUAAUAAUUAUUAUUGAUUAUUAAUUUUUUUAUUUUUGAUGACGGCGUUCGUGUUCACUGGCAAAUGUUUCGAUUGUGACGUCAUUUUCUUUCAGCCAAUCAUCAGUGUCCGUGUAAAAUCUUGAUUGUUUACAAGCGCUAUGUUAAAAGAGAUGAAUGGAACAAUGAUUUUACGAUUUUGGUGUGCGUCGUCAUAAAAUAUAAAAAUUUUAACGUAUAAAACUUAUUAAUAUUGUUAUACCUAUAUAAAUGUAGUUCGCAUAUGCGUGUGAAUCUUGUCAAUAAAAUUUGACUA